UACACCAUCUUCUUCUUAUAGUACACCAUCUUCUUCUUAUAGUACACCAUCUUCUUCUUAUAGUACACCAUCUUCUUCUUAUAGUACACCAUCUUCUUCUUAUAGUACACCAUCUUCUUCUUAUAGUACACCAUCUUCUUCUUAUAGUACACCAUCUUCUUCUUAUAGUACACCAUCUUCUUCUUAUAGUACACCAUCUUCUUCUUAUAGUACACCAUCUUCUUCUUAUAGUACACCAUCUUCUUCUUAUAGUACACCAUCUUCUUCUUCGAGUUCACUGGCUAUAUAA